GAGCAAGCAGAGUUUAACAAUUGAAAACAAGAUUAAUACCGACAGCCUUAAAAGUUCAUUUAAUGACAAUGACGAUGAUGACAAUGCUAAUACAAAUAUAGUCGAGACUACUGGGUGUCACUAUAGGAAUGCGCCACAUGCUAGUCGAGCUGAAUAUCAAUUAAAACAAUUGAAUACAAUGCGCGAGGCUCUUUUCUCACAGGAUGGCUGGGGAUGCCAGCAUGUUAAUCAGGAUACUAAUUGGGAAGUACCCAGUUCUCCGGAGCCGGCCAAUAAGGAUCCUUCGGUGCCGUCGAUGUGGAAGCCGAACAUUAAUAAUGGCACUGAUUUAUGGGAAUCAAAUUUAAGAAACGGAGGCCAGCCACCCGCUCAACAAGUGCCAAAGCCAUCAUGGGGUCAUACACCAUCAUCUAAUUUAGGAGGUACUUGGGGUGAGGAUGAUGAUGGUGCAGAUAGCACAAGCGUUUGGACAGGUCAACCAUCCAAUAGUGCAGCACCCAAUGUUGCUGUGGGUGCAAAUGCCCCGGGCGUGAGCUCCUCUACGGGGCCCCAAUGGGGGCAAGGCGUUGGAGUCGGAGUCGGUGUUGGAGUUCCCUUGAGUUCAACGGGAAAUAACAGUGUGCCAACAACUGGAGCAUUGGCUGUUGUCACUCCUGGAUGUGGAAGUAAUGGAAAUAAUUUAAGUGGAACUGGAACUGUUGGAGGAGGAGCUGGCGCUAAUGUUGGCAAUACUGGCAAUGGUUGGGGUGAUCCUCGUGAUAUGCGACCGUUAGCUGGAGCUGGCGGCGGUGGUCCAAUUGACAUUCGAAACGUCGAUCCGCGUGAUCCAAUAUCAAUGCGUGGAGUUGGCGCACCAUCUGGAGAUCCAAGAGAUUUGCGUAUGAUAGAUCCAAGGGAUCCGAUACGCGGUGAUCCGCGUGGCAUAUCAGGUCGUUUAAAUGGCACUUCUGAAAUGUGGGGACAUCAUCCACAGAUAGCCCACAAUCAACUUCAAAAUAUUAACAAAAUGGUUGGCCCUGUUGUAGGCGCAGCUGGUGCAAAUAUUGCCAACUCAAAUAUUGGUCCAGCUGGAGUUGGCUCGAUAUCAAGUAAUAUUGGAGCACAAUGGGGGGCCGCGCCACAAGCUGUCGUUGGCGGCGGAGGCGGUGGUGUUGGUGUUGGUGUUCAAAAGGAUUUAGCGAAACAAAUAACGGGAUGGGAGGAGCCAUCACCGCCACCUCAACGACGAAAUAUACCCAAUUAUGAUGACGGAACUUCGCUUUGGGGACAACAGACGCGUUUACCCGGUACCGGUGCCCAUUGGAAAGAUAUGACAGACUCGAUGGGCCGUAGUCAUUUGAUGCGUACCCAAAAUCCAACAAGCCAAAUUGUUGGCAGUGUGCCGGGCGGUGUCGGUGGAAAUCCCAAUAGUUCAAUGGUUGGAGUUGUUGGGCCGCAGUCUCGUUUGGCAAACACUGGCGGACCAAGUGGUGGAGUUGGAGUUGGUGGACAACAUAGUAAACCGGAUUCUGGGGCCAUGUGGGUGCAUCCAAAUAAUAGUGGAGGUGGGGGCGGGGGCGGUGGCCGAAAUGCUCAACAGCAAGUCAGCUCUUGGGGCGAUGAUAGUCACAAUGUUGGUGUUGGUGCUGGUGGCGGCUCUGUUGGUGGAAACAAUUGGGUCGAUGAUAAACAAAAUAGUUCACUUGCACAAAUUGGCGGUAAUUCAACAUCAUGGAGCGAUUCACCGUCUGGUGGCGUUGGAUGGGGUAAUAAACAAAAUAAAUUAUCAACAACAGGAGGCGCUUCAUCUGGCUGGAGCAAUCCAAGCACAGUUGGCGGCAAUGUCGAUGCUAAUGAUUUAUCUUCGGAUUGGCCCCAUGGUGGCGCCAUCGUUGGUAAAGCACAACAGCAGCAGCAACAACAACAGCAGCAACAGCAACAACAAAAACUUGCGGGCAUUAACGUUGGAGUUGGUAUACAUAACACUGAUAUUGUCAAGCAAAGCAAGCAAUAUAGAAUUUUGGUGGAGAAUGGCUUUAAAAAGGAAGACGUUGAGCGAGCAUUGCUGAGUAAUAAUAUGAAUAUUGAGGAUGCAGCUGAAAUGUUGCGGGCCAAUACAAGUUCAUCAUUGGCAGCAAUGGAUGGCUGGCGUCGUCACGAUGAAGUCCUUGGUUCCUAUGCUGAUCAUUCAAAUACUACGAAUAGUGGCGGAUUUCCACAACGUUAUCCAGCACAACCUUCAAUGUCAUUCCCUCCGAAUAAUCUUAUGACAAAUAUAAGUGGGACAGCAGUAACUGGUAGCAAUAAUCCAAAUAUGGCUGCAUUGCAAGUACAAAAAUAUAUAAAUCAAGGCGGUGGACCACCACAUGGUGUUGCCCUUGGACCCCAAUCUGUAAAUGCAUCAAAUGCAUCUGUUGUUGGAUUUUGCCAAAAUCCAGCGAAUUCAGCGCCAGCGGUCAAUAUUGCAUCAAAUGCUAAUAGCCAACCAUCAGGCCAGCAUAUUCGUAUGCUUGGCCAACAAAUCCAAUUGGCCAUACACAGUGGCUUUAUAUCCAGUCAAAUAUUGACACAGCCGCUAACACAAACUACGUUAAAUUUAUUGAAUCAACUACUCAGCAGUAUAAAGCAUCUUCAAGCAGCACAGCAAUCACUUUCUAGAGGCGGUAAUGCUAAUCCAAUGGUUGUCAAUGUAGCAAUCGCCAAAUACAAACAACAAAUUCAGAAUUUACAAAACCAAAUCAAUGCACAACAAGCUGUUUAUAUAAAGCAGCAAAAUUUGCAACAAAAUUCACAACAGCAACAGCAGCAGCAUCAAUCCGGACAUUUAAAUAAUUCUGGAAAUGAUUAUUUAAGAAAUCAUGAUGCAAUUGCUACACUACAAGGGAACUUUCCGGAGCUUAGUCUUAAUAAGCCAAGUGGAUAUCAGGGUGCGCCCAAUCAGCAGUCUCGCUUAAAUCAGUGGAAGCUUCCAGUAUUAGAAAAGGACACCAUUGCAACAGAUAGCACUGACUUCUCACGAGCUCCGGGUGCAACCAAACAAAAUUUAUCUAGCAACUCAAACAACAUGGGUCCAUUGGGUCUACAAAAUGAUGGUACUUGGUCAACUGGACGCAAUAUUGGGGAUGGUUGGCCAGAUCCGUCAAUUGAUAAUGAGAACAAAGACUGGUCAGUUGCACCGACAGCAGCUGCGUAUACCGACCUGGUGCAGGAGUUUGAACCAGGCAAACCAUGGAAGGGUUCUCAGAUCAAAAGCAUUGAAGAUGAUCCAAGUAUAACUCCUGGAAGCGUUGCACGAUCUCCAUUGUCCAUUAAUCCGACGCCAAAAGAUGCUGAUAUUUUUGCCAAUACUGGCAAAAACUCACCGACUGAUCUGCCACCAUUAAGCUUAUCGUCGUCAACGUGGAGUUUUAAUCCAAACCAAAAUUUUCCUAGGUAUGUAUAUGGACAAUCUAUAUUCAAGAAUGAUUUAAAUAUUGCUAACAAAAUUUUUAUAUCUCUUAGUUGGUCAGACAACACUCAACAAUGUGCCACCUCAGAACUCUGGACGAGUCCUCUCAAUAAAAGCUCAUCCCGAGGACCUCCGCCAGGCUUAAGCACAAAUAAAUCGGGAGGCGUUACUGCUACUGCAACACCAUCUCCUACGGUUGCUGGUAACUCAAAUGGCUGGCUACCAAAUCGAAGUGUGCCCAGCACUAACACAACUUGGACCGGCGGAAACGCUAUUUCGUGGAACUCGAGUUGGUUGCUUUUAAAAAAUCUAACUGCUCAGAUUGACGGUCCUACCUUACGAACAUUGUGUUUGCAACAUGGUCCACUUGUUAGUUUCCACCCAUAUUUAAACCAAGGAAUUGCCUUAUGUAAAUAUACAACGCGUGAGGAGGCUAACAAAGCACAAAUGGCGCUCAACAAUUGUGUGCUCGGUAACACAACGAUUUAUGCUGAAUCGCCGAGUGAGAAUGAGGUGCAAAAUAUACUACAGCAUUUGCCACAACAACAAGCUCCGUCCACCACAAACACUGGCAAUACAGUCGUUAACAAUGGCACUGGCACCACUAGCUGUGCCAGUGGCUCUGGUGGUACAAGCAUUUCUGGCGGCAACAAUAGCAGCAAUGGCAAUGGAAGCGGAGGCAACGGCGGCGCCAACAGCGUAUCAAAUCCAGUGGGUUCAAUUGGCGCACCCAGCAGCAAUGUUAGUGGCUCUGGUGGGAGCUCAGUCGGCGGCAGCAGUACAGCUGGUAACAAUAAUAAUAGUAACGGCAGUAGCAAUAUGAAUCCAUCAACUGUAAAUGGUGCUACAACAACUGGGGGCAACACCAAUCCUAAAAUCGUCGUUGUCAACAACACAACAGGUGGUAGUGUUGGCGGCAACAAUAUGGCAACAGCCAUGACUGUUGCUGGCCAAUCGAAUGCUCCUGUCGCUGCUUCUGCUGCUGCUGCUGUUGUGACUAGCGCCACUUCGACGUGGCGACAAAUAACUCAAAAUCAAGCUCUACAGGGUCCAAAUAGGCCAGCCGGUAGGGAACCAGACUAUGAUUAUAAUAUAUCUCAAUUCGUUUGUUCCAUUGUUGAUGAUUAGUGUGAUGAUGAUAGUAAUUAUGAUGAUUAUAAUGAUUAUAAUGUUAUAUGUGACGAGACAAUGGCAUAGUAUUUCUGUCUAUCCAAGACUCAUACACACAUACACAGACAAAAACACACAUAUACAUGCAUGUAUAUAUAUAUAUAUGUAUAUAUAUAUACUUACACAUUUAUGGAAAAAAGCUAUGUUAUUGAAAACGUACACACACACAUUAAAAGCGGAUCGACUGAUAAACGAAUGGACUUAGAAUUUUUGUAUGCCUGUAGAUUUAUUUUUUCUUCAACGUUCAUAGUUUUUAGGGCUGUAUUUAUGUAAGAAAGAUCGAUAUAUACAUACAUACAAACAUACAUACGUUUUGGGAAUGAUACUUGAAUUAUUUACUUACACACACACAGUAUAGAGUAUAUAUACGAUU